GAAGCAGCAAAACGUGCGCGUGUUUAUUUCUUUUUGAAAAUACAAUAAAUUACAUUAUAACCGAAGUAAUACACAGUACGCUGACCUAAAAUGAAGCUCAGCACCUAUAAUUUCCUUACAUCGAUGGCCAUAAAGGGCGUAAAGGUUGGCUUUCCCCUGAAACUGACGAUCAGCAAAAAGGAACUGGUGGAGACUGAAUUCAACCCGACGUUUGUGGAGCGACUUCUGCCAAAGCUGGACUGGUCCGCUGUCUAUGGAGCUGCACAGGUGGCGGAGCUUGCUGAAGACAUACCCGCUGUGCAGCCAGAGAGCAUAGCCGACAACGAGGAGCUGCUGCAGAAGCUGCACCAUCUUCUCUUCGAAAUCGAUGUGCUGGAGGGCCAGUUGGAGUGCCCUGAGACGGGGCGAAUCUUCCCCAUCACCGACGGCAUCCCCAACAUGCUCCUCAACGAAGACGAAGUCUAAGUCUGUCUAUUUCUGCCUUUCUGUAUCAUAACCCUAACCAGCUAGGCAUAACAUAUGAUUAAGAUAGUAGUUUGCUAGUUUUAAACUCAGUUUAUUUUCCAAGUGACAAAUUUUUUACACUAAAAAAUAAUUGGAGCUUG